AUGGAGAUACUGGCAAGCAUCAGCGAAGAACCGAUUACCAUCUAUCAUGUUGGUAAGCAUAGUUAUUUCUUCAGGGAAACAUUUAUCGGAAAGCUGCCGAACUGGAGUCUGUUGCUGGUGCUUUACUGGAGGGGAGAUGAAAACAGACCAAUGCUGCAGAGGAUCUAUGGCACUGCCUGGGAGAACGAGGAACGGUUGAAAGCAUAUGUUCACUUUAAAGAGGAGGCAACGCCGGGAUCACAGGCGCAGUUGCCAAGAUCUCAAUCUCUUUUCCAUACAAUUGACUGUAAUCUUUCCCGGCGGUUUUACAUUACCUAUGUUGACUCAAAUUUAGAGAAGAAGCGGCCUAUCAUGAUUCACAUGGCAGUGCUUGGAUUGCUGAUGUGGUUCUUUGUGAAGGGAUGCAGUGUGAGAAAUAAGGGUUCUCGAAGUAUUCGCCAACUCCAAUACUUUGGGGUCCUUAUAGAGCACUCCGCAGGACAUUUUCCAUUAUGGCUUUCUCCAAUACGAGCUCGAAUUUUGCCAGUUACCAACAACCAGUUCGAGUUCUGCUACGAGGUGAUGCGAAAAUUGAAAGAGAAUGGCGUUAGAGCUGAAGUUUGUCAUGGUGAGCGCUUGCUAAAACUUAUCAGAAAUGCCGAGAAGCAGAAGAUACUAUUGAUGGCGGUUGUGGGCCCCAAGGAAGUCGAAACCGGAACCGUGACGGUCAGAUCUAGAUUUGGCGGGGAGCUCGGGAGUAUAACCAUUGGUGACUUUAUAGACAGAAUCACAAAGGCCAGAGAAAACAUAGCCUUAUUCUGA